CCGUCGCUGCGCUGCGCGCUCGGCCCCGCCGCCGCACUACCAUGUUUGACGGCUGCCUCCUGCCCCUCGUUGUGCCCUGCCUGCUGCUCUGCGGACUGGACGCCGGCACAGCUGGCGGAGCGGAGCUGGAAGUGGUGAUCCCGGAGCGAGUGCCGCUGGAGAAGAUCCACCUGCUGCCGCCCGGAGGGGAUCGCUGCGGCCCCCGGCGCCGGCGGGCAGCGGCGGAGCAGGAGGAGGAGGAGGAGGAGGCUGUGCUGCUCCGCCUGCCCGCCGCCGGCGCAGAGCUGUACCUGAACCUCCGCCGCGACCUGCGCUUCCUGGCCCGGGGCUUCGCGGUGGAGCGGCGGCGCGGGGAGGCGCGGCGGCCCCCGCGGGAGCGGCUCUGCUUCUACUCGGGACACGCGCUGAACCGCAGCGACUCCUUCGCCUCCCUCAGCACCUGCGCCGGGCUGGUUGGCUACAUCCAGCUUGGCUCAGAGCAGCUGCUGAUCCAACCUGUGAAUGCAUCUGAGACCUCGUUCAGUGGGAAGGAACAUUUCAUCAGGCGGAGACGAUCCACCAAGCCCCAUCCCUCCAGGCCACAGGGCCCUGAGGAGCACUGCAAGGUUGUAGCAGAAAAGAAGAGACAGAAGAAAGUGAAGGCCACGAGCGACUGGCGGGAGCGGAGGAACGCGAUCCGCCUCACCAGCGAGUACACGGUGGAGACGCUGGUGGUGGCAGAUGCUGACAUGGUGCAGUACCACGGAGCAGAGGCUGCCCAGAGGUUCAUCCUCACUGUUAUGAAUAUGGUGUACAACAUGUUCCAGCACCAAAGCCUGGGAAUUAAAGUCAACAUUCGAGUGACCAAACUAGUCCUGCUUCACAGUCGCCCUGCAAAGUUGUCUAUCGGGCAUCAUGGAGAGAGAUCUCUGGAGAGCUUCUGUCAGUGGCAAAAUGAAGAAUAUGGUGGGGCAAAAUACCUUGGUAACAACCAGGUUCCUGGUGCCAGGGAUGACACCCCUCCUGUGGAUGCUGCUGUUUUUGUGACCAGGACAGAUUUCUGCGUGCACAAAGACGAGCCUUGUGACACUGUGGGAAUUGCUUACCUAGGAGGUGUCUGCAGUGCCAAGAGAAAAUGUGUUCUUGCUGAAGACAACGGUCUCAAUCUGGCAUUCACAAUUGCACAUGAACUUGGGCACAACAUGGGGAUGAGCCACGAUGAUGAUCAUCAGCCCUGUGCUGGGAGGUCUCACAUCAUGUCUGGAGAAUGGGUGAAGGGCAGGAACCCAAGUGACCUUUCCUGGUCUUCGUGCAGCCGAGAUGACCUCGAAAACUUCCUAAAGUCCAAGGUGAGCACCUGUCUGCUGCUGACAGACCCCCGGAGCCAAUACUCCGUGCGGCUCCCGCACAAGCUGCCGGGGAUGCACUACAGCGCCGACGAGCAGUGCCAGAUCCUUUUUGGCACCAACGCCACCUUCUGCAAGGAUAUGGAGCAUUUGAUGUGUGCUGGGCUCUGGUGCCUGGUGGAAGGAGACACAUCCUGUAAAACAAAGCUGGACCCCCCUCUGGAUGGCACCGAAUGUGGCGCAGACAAGUGGUGCCGAGCUGGGGAGUGUGUCAGUAAAACCCCCAUCCCUGAGCACGUGGACGGGGACUGGAGCGUGUGGAGCCAGUGGAGCAUGUGCAGCCGGACGUGCGGAACAGGGGUGCGCUUCAGGCAGCGGAAAUGUGACAACCCCCCCCCGGGGCCAGGGGGGAAGAACUGCCGGGGGGCCAGCGUGGAGCACACGGUGUGUGAGAACCUGCCCUGCCCCAAAGGGGUGCCCAGCUUCAGGGACCAGCAGUGCCAGGCCCACGACAGGUACACCAACAAGAAGAAAAGCCUCCUGACAGCUGUCAUCGUGGAUGAUAAGCCAUGUGAGCUCUUCUGCUCCCCACUGGGCAAGGAUUCUCCCGUGCUGGUGACAGACAGAGUCCUGGAUGGAACUCCCUGUGGGCCUUAUGAGACAGACCUCUGUGUACAUGGCAAGUGCCAGAAAAUUGGCUGUGAUGGGAUCAUUGGCUCAGCUGCCAAAGAGGAUCGCUGUGGGAUCUGCAGUGGAGAUGGGAAAACCUGCAAAGUGGUGAAAGGAGACUUCAACCACACCAAGGGCAUGGGUUACAUCGAGGCCGCUGUGAUCCCUGCGGGUGCCCGGCGGAUCAGAGUGGUUGAGGACAAACCUGCUCACAGCUUUCUGGCUUUAAAAGAUUCCAGUAAGAGAUCCAUUAACAGCGACUGGAAAAUUGAGCUUCCUGGUGAGUUUCAGAUCGCAGGCACCACUGUCCGGUACGUGCGAAGGGGGCUGUGGGAGAAAAUCUCUGCCAAAGGACCAACUAAAAUACCACUGCACUUGAUGGUGCUGUUAUUCCACGACCAGAAUUAUGGAAUUCAUUAUGAAUACACCAUCCCUGUAAACUAUACUGCUGAAAACAGAAGUGAGCCAGAAAAGCAACAGGAUUCCUUGUACAUCUGGACACACAGUGGAUGGGAAGGAUGCAGUGUGCAGUGUGGAGGAGGUGAGAGGAAAACCAUCGUAUCCUGCACUCGGAUCAUUAACAAGACCAUGACACUGGUGAAUGACAGUGACUGCCAGCGAGUGACCCGCCCCGAGCCCCAGGUCAGGAAAUGUAACACACACCCCUGCCAGUCACGGUGGGUGACUGGCCACUGGAGUCCCUGCUCUGCCACGUGUGAGAAGGGUGUGCAGCACCGGGAGGUCACUUGUGUUUAUCAGCUGCAGAACGGCACCUACGUCAACACCAGGGACCUCUACUGCCUGGGCAGCAAACCAGCCACGCUGCAGAGCUGUGAGGGAAGGGACUGCCUGUCCAUCUGGGAAGCAUCAGAGUGGUCCAAGUGCUCAGCAGACUGUGGCAGGGGAAUUCAGAAAAGAACAGUGACGUGCACAAACUCCCAAGGGAAAUGUGAUGCAGCCACCAGGCCGAGAGACGAGGAGGAGUGCGAGGAUCACACAGGCUGCUACGAGUGGAAAACGGGAGACUGGUCCAAGUGCUCCUCGACGUGCGGCAAGGGGCUGCAGUCUCGCGUGGUGCAGUGCAUGCACAAAGUGACCGGGCGCCACGGCAGCGAGUGCCCCGCGCUGGCCAAGCCCGCGGCCUACAGGCAGUGCCACCAGGAGGUCUGCAACGACAGGAUCAACGUCAACACCAUCACCUCGCCCAGGCUCGCUGCCCUCACCUACAAGUGCACGGGGGACCAGUGGACAGUGUACUGCAGGGUGAUCCGUGAGAAGAACCUGUGCCAGGACAUGCGGUGGUACCAGCGCUGCUGCCAGACCUGCAGAGACUUUUAUGCAAACAAGAUGCAGCAGAAGAGUUAAUGAACCUUGCCACUCCUUAGAGUCUUCCAGCUGUUUGUAUGGAAAUCACAGACUAGUAGGUCUGAGUACUGGAACUUCAUGAGUUGCUACAGCGUGGUGGAUCCCAAAGCACACCUAAUGAGACUUGAAACUAAUCCUACAGACUGGAUACCAAAGUCAUCUGUUCAUCCACCUUAAAAAAAACACACAGAAAGGGUCAUCUCAAGGAGCCAAUCAUUUCUGAAUAUUGUGACAUCCUCACAUUUUUUGUUAAUGCUUUUUUAAUAUAUUAAAUCACCAGCCACUGGAUGGCUUGCUACCAUUAAAGAAAAGGACAAGAGUUGCAAAGUGAUUACAUUGGAUAAGGUUAUGGGUACCUCCAUGGAGGAAGGCCUCUGGCAAAAUAAUUCAGCAAAGGUAGAGACAUUACUUAAUCUUUUAAUCUUGGCUUUUAUCUGUUGUUCUCCAUUCCCAUCAGUUAUCCCACUGCAGAGUGGGCUUGGAGGGACAUGCAUCAAUGAAAGGCUUAGUUUAAAGAGAGGAUUUUCUGUAAAAGCUUGUGAAAACUGAUAGCAGAGGAUGGACAUCUCUGAAUUUCCUACAGAAUACUCAGCAUAAUUAUAUCCAACAUUCCAAGUUGUA